CUCAAAAAAAAAAAAAUCUAAGGAAAACCAGUAACAAACUCAAAUAACCAACAAUGGCUUCUCCCAUUACUUUUUCUUCUUCGUCUUACUCCUCAACACUUUACUCAAGGAAGCUGCUACUACAUGCUAUACCUCACCUAUCAGCCGAUUCCCCAAUUCCGUCACAUCCUGGUAGAGAUUCCAAUACACACCAGAGUAAUUUCGAUACAAAUGUAGUUAUGGUUCUUUCAAUUCUUUUAUGUGCUCUAGUUUGUGCACUAGGGCUUAAUUCCAUCAUUCGAUGUGUUUUGAGUUGCUCAAACCGGGUUGCACAUGAUUCAGGAGACACCACCCCAGUUCAGUCAGCUAAUACUGGAAUAAAGAAAAAAGCCCUCAAGACAUUUCCUGUAGUUACAUACUUAUCUGGGUUGAAGCUACAAGGUUUGGACACUGAAUGUGUUAUUUGCCUCUCAGAGUUUGCUCAAGGAGAGCGUAUUAGAAUUCUACCCAAGUGCAACCAUGGAUUUCACAUUAAAUGCAUCGAUAAAUGGCUCAGUUCACACUCAUCAUGCCCAACUUGCAGGCAUUGUCUGAUUGAGACAUGCGAGAAAAUUAUCAAUGGGGGUAGCCAACCUAGAUCUUUAAUUCCCCAAGCGCCUGCACCACCACCACCACCAUCCAGCAGAGUGGUUCCGUCAGAACAUGAAGGUAUCAUACCGACACCAUCAACCAUUCUUCCAUCAGAACGUGAAGGUAUGAUAAGGAAUCUGGCUGAUAUCUGCUAAAAUGUACCUGUAA